CCUCCCCCGUCUCCCUCCGUGAGCGACGCAUCGCUCCGCUGCCCCCUCUCGCUCUCCCACCCUCCGCAUCCCCGCCGCUCUCCGGGGAGCCUCGCCGCCGGCCAGGUGGAAGAAGAUGGACGGCGGCAAGGAUGGCAACCCUCUCAAGAACUACCGCAUCGGCAAGACCCUGGGGAUCGGGUCCUUCGGGAAGGUCAAGAUUGCAGAGCACAUCAAGACGGGCCACAAGGUGGCCAUCAAGAUCCUCAACCGCAGGAAAAUCAAGAACAUGGAGAUGGAGGAGAAAGUGAAACGAGAGAUCAAGAUAUUAAGGUUAUUCAUGCACCCGCAUAUCAUCCGCCUUUAUGAAGUGAUAGAGGGACCAGCUGAUAUCUAUGUGGUUAUGGAGUAUGUUAAGUCCGGUGAAUUGUUUGAUUACAUCGUUGAGAAAGGCAGGCUACAGGAGGAAGAGGCCCGCCGUUUUUUUCAACAGAUUAUAUCGGGUGUUCAAUAUUGCCACAGAAACAUGGUGGUGCACCGCGAUCUAAAGCCAGAGAACCUUCUAUUGGAUAAUAACUGCGAUGUUAAGAUUGCCGAUUUUGGCUUAAGUAAUGUUAUGCGUGAUGGCCACUUUCUUAAGACAAGCUGUGGAAGCCCAAAUUAUGCAGCUCCAGAGGUUAUAUCUGGUAAACUCUAUGCUGGGCCUGAAGUUGACGUAUGGAGCUGCGGUGUUAUUCUUUAUGCUCUUCUCUGUGGCACUCUUCCAUUUGAUGAUGAGAACAUACCCAAUCUGUUUAAGAAAAUAAAGGGUGGAAUAUAUACCCUUCCGAGCCAUUUAUCAGGCCCAGCAAGGGAUUUGAUUCCAAGGAUGCUAGUUGUUGAUCCUAUGAAAAGGAUAACCAUUCGUGAAAUCCGUGAACAUCCAUGGUUUGAAGCUCAACUUCCACGAUAUUUGGCUGUACCUCCACCAGAUACUGCACAGCAAGUUAAGAAGAUUGACGAAGAGACUCUUGGUAAGGUCAUCAGUCUGGGAUUUGACAAAAACCUAUUGGUGGAAUCAAUUCAUAAUAGACUGCAAAAUGAGGCAACAGUUGCAUAUUAUUUAUUUUUGGACAAUAAGAAUCGUACAACAGCUGGCUAUCUUGGAGCCGAGUAUCAAGAAGCUAUGGAAUCUUCGUUCUCAACCCUUACUCCAAGUGAACCACAAAGUCCAGCACAUGGAAAUCGGCAACAAGUAUAUAUGGAAUCUCCAGUUGGCUUGAGGCCACAUUUUCCAGCCGAGAGGAAAUGGGCUCUUGGGCUUCAGUCUAGAGCACAUCCAAGAGAAGUUAUGACUGAAGUGCUGAAGGCUCUGCAAGAACUGAACGUAUACUGGAAAAAAAUUGGACACUAUAACAUGAAAUGUAGAUGGAAUCCUGGCUUUCCUAGUCAGGAGAGCAUGAAUCAUACCAACUAUAACUUCAAUGCAGAGCCUAUUGAAACCGAUGACCUGGGUGACAAGUUAAAUUUAAUCAAGUUCGAAAUUCAGCUCUACAAAACAAGAGAUGAGAAAUACCUCCUCGAUUUGCAAAGGGCCAGUGGGCCGCACCUCCUCUUUCUUGAUCUAUGUGCUGCAUUUCUAGCUCAGCUGAGAGUCCUUUGAUACCAAUGCACCAGGUUUCCACUGUGGUGCACUCGAGGGAUGUUGUAUCACUCUAAAGAGAUGUAAAUAGUAUGUUCUCUCCAGUAGAUCCAAGUUCUGGAGUAUGUAGACAUGCGGAGCUGUUGUGUGCUUAUUUCGGCGCCUAUAUGCUGAAUUGGACCUGGGCGGGCAAGCAAGCAAGAAGCUACUGCCCUCAGGUUCUUUCCAGCCGCCGCUGAAUGCACUAGGAUAUAGAAGGAUUAAUCCUGUUUUGGCCCCUUGCGACAUACUGCUUUUUUCUCUCUCUUGUAUGUGAUUUUACUGGCUCUGUCUCUAGACCACGUACCCGAAUAAUUUCUGCAAUUGCAAUGGUUAAUGAAAGCUGAGCUGUUGAUGGGUCA